GCUCUGCAGACUGCGGCCGGCGCAAUGGAGCUCUUCCCCUCCAGGAUAGAUUUUGGCGGGGUCCUUGGCAUCCUCCUGGCCAUGGUCGUCUCGUGCCUCCUCUUCCUCCACUUCUCCUCGAGAAAGAAGUUCAGGACCCUUCCUCCGGGGCCAGCCCCGCUCCCCUUCAUCGGAAACAUGCACCAAGUGGACAUCAAGGAGCUGAUAAAUUCCCUGAAAGAACUUAGCAAGACCUACGGGCCAAUGUACACCUUCCACCUGGGCUCUCGGCCUUGCGUGGUCCUCUCUGGCUACCAGGUGCUCAAGGAGGCUUUGAUUGACAAGGCAGAGGAGUUCAGCGGCCGAGGAGACUUCCCCGCUGUCCAGAUGUGGAGCAAAGGAAAUGGGAUCGUGUACGGCACUGGGGAGCGCUGGAGGCAACUACGCAGGUUUGCCAUCAGCACCUUCAAGAACUUUGGGAUGGGAAAGAGAUCCAUUGAGGAGCGGAUCAAGGAAGAGGCUCAGUUCCUGGUGGCUGAGUUUCACAAAACUGAAGGCAAACCCUUUGACCCCACCUUCUUCCUGAGCUGUGCUGGCUCCAACAUUAUCUGCACCUUAGUUUUCGGGGACCGCUUUGAAUACACAGACAAGAAAUUCCUCAUGUUGCUGGACCUCAUCAACAGCAACUGGAAGCUCAUGAGCUCCACCUGGGGACAGAUGCUAUUCACCUUUCCAAAGAUCAUGAAGUACAUCCCUGGGCCUCACCGUCAGAUCUACAAAAACUACCUGAAGCUGGCCAAGUUUGUGGGCGAGCGGCUAGAGAUGAACCGGCAAACGCUGGACGUCAACAACCCCCGGGAUUUCAUCGACUGCUUCCUCAUCAAAAUCCAGCAGGAAAAAAACAACCCAGACACACACUUCAACGAAGACACCAUGUCAAAGACUACGGUGAACCUCUUCUUUGCUGGGACGGAGACGGUCAGCUCGACCUUGAGAUACGGACUCCGAAUUCUCAUGAGGCAUCCCGAGGUGGAAGAGAAGCUCCAUGAAGAGAUUGACCAGGUCAUCGGGAUGAACCGCAGCCCCUGCAUGGAGGAUAGGAGCCGGAUGCCCUACACGGACGCCGUCAUCCACGAGAUCCAGCGCUACGCCGACAUCGUCCCCAUGGGUGUGCCCCACACCGUCACGCGAGAUAUCGAGUUCCAUGGAUACACCCUCCCCAAGGACCUCAACAUCAUCCCACUGAUCUGCACAUCUCAGUUUGAUCCCACGCAGUUCAAGAAUCCAACCUCCUUCGACCCGACUCAUUUCCUGGACGAGAGUGGGCGGUUCAAGAAGAAUGAUGCCUUCAUGGCUUUCUCGGCAGGCAAGCGGGUGUGCCUGGGAGAAAGCCUGGCUAUCAUGGAGCUUUUCAUCUUCCUCACCACCAUCCUGCAGAACUUCAAGCUGAAGCCCUUGAUGAAACCCGAGGACAUUGACAUCACGCCAGAGUCCACGGGGCUGGGGAGCAUCCCUCGGCCCUACCAGUUCUGCCUCAUCCCCCGCAUCUAAACCCCCUGCCCACAAAUCAGAAUGAGUGUUCCACAAACAAGCCAUCUGGAAGUGCCCUGAAUACCAAGAUGCAGAAAGGGAGUUGGUCCACGGCUGGCAGAAGCUGGUUCCAGUGGCAUAGCAUGGGUUGCCAGUGCUCCGGACCAUGCAUUCAACUGCCUAACAGUGUCCGAGUCGCCCAGGAGAUCGCAGCCACAAAGAUAAGAAAAGAAGAGUCGUUGUCUGGAGAGGUCACUUCCAGGCUCGCAUGGAGAAGCUGUUUCAACUGAGAACAGGGAAGGAAGAAUGCAGCUGUAUUGAGGCACUGCUGGGUGUUGAAAUUUUGCACCCGCUAACCAUUGUGUGCCUGGGGCAACUGCCCGUGCCUCCCCCUCCAUGCUACACCACUGGCUGGCCCCUUAUAAGGCACAGCAGCAAACAUCACCACCAGCCCAUCAUUGGGGCAGCAAACACCAGGCCAGCAGGUCACCUGGAAGCAAAACCUGCCCUGUCCUGCUGGUGAGCUCCUGCAUCAACUGCGCUCCGGCCACUGCCCUCCUGGUGCUGAAGACAUGCCCGUCUCGGCCUGGAGGAGGCAUUUGCAAGGACCAACCCAGCUCUCAGCCCUUGGAAGGAGGAGUCCUUUAUUGGUAAAUGUUUACACCGACUUCUUGAGAAAAAGCACACCUGAGAUUACCCGACCUAAUAUUUCUGCUGGGCAGGGCAAGAAUGUGGAGGAGCAAGGGGAAUUUGGGCACAAUCCCAGUCUGCAGUUUACAGAAAGCAAUAAUGGCUCUCCGA